AUGACUGUUAUAAAACAUAAAAGUUACUUUUUAUUCAGCAAGGACCUAUAUCCUACAUCUGAAGCAAAACCACUUUCUGAGUGGUGUCCUGAAAUGACAUCGGAGAUCCUUCAAGAGAAGAUUGAUGCUAUUCAAACUAAUUUAACCAUCGACAGGAAAAACACAACCAAGCACAAGCGUACUCUGAUAAGCGCCCCAGAUGACAGGAUUUCUGCCAGGAAUGGUGAUCUGGUCUAUGCCAACUAUGGACGGAUAAAAGAUUUCCUGUAUCUCAUAAACAAUAAGUCCAUGGACCUGAAGGGCAAAACAAUUAUCGCAAGAUACGGCAAGAUCUACCGCGGUGACAAGGUGAAGAAUGCUCAGCGUUUUAAUGCCUCGGGGAUUAUCAUGUACACGGACCCCUCGGAUUUUAACAGUACCUACCCUGACUCCUGGUGGAUACCACCUUCCGGUCUCCAGAGGGGGCCGGUGGGGCCGGACGGAGACCAACUGACGCCGCUCUAUCCCGCAACUGACUACGCUUACAGAGUGGAACAGUCAGAUAUUGAAAACUUUAGAAUUCCAGCACAACCUAUAAGUUAUGGAGAUGCCCUUCCAAUAUUGAGGUACGUUCCAUUAAACUUUUAUAGUUAUUCCCAGAACAGGAUUUGGCAGUGUACUCGACCUGACCGCACCAUUGUGUUCUGUGCCUGGGGGGCGGAGGAACAUGGUUUAAUAGGAUCAAAUGAGUGGGUUGAGGAGUACAUGAAAGUGCUAUAUGAGCGAGCCGUUGCUUAUCUGAACGUUGACUACGCAGUAGAUUACAACUAUGUCUUGACUGCCGGAACCAGUCCACUUCUGCAGGAUUCUCUAUAUGAAGCUACUAAAAUGGUUCCUAAUCCAGACACUAGUAGUCGUGAUAAAACAGUGUAUGAUGCCUGGAAAACAAGAGACGGCUCAGAUGAUGUAGAACCAAGUGUAUAUUAUUCUCUGGGUUCUGGUAGUGACAUGGCUACAUUUUAUCAAAGAGCAGGAGUGCCAUGCAUAGACAUGUGGUUUACAUAUGAUUCGAAAAAAUGGGACAUCCUUUCUUAUCCAGUAUACCACUCUGCAUAUGAAACAGUUUAUUUGUAUGAGAAGUUUGUUGAUCCAAAUUACGCAUACACAAAAUCAAUGGCUGAAUUAUGGGGCAUCCUUGCAUGGAACAUUGCAAAUGAAAAAGUUUUAAAGUUUGACGUAAGAAGAUAUGCCUCAGCAAUAAGUACUUUUAUAACAAGUUUAAAGAAGGAUUUUGGUGUAAAGUGGUCGAAAGAAAACGUAAAUAUAGCCGCUCUGGAAUCCGCAGCGCAGAAUUUAACUUCUGAAGCCAACAGAUUCCAUCAGAAACUACAACAGAAAUUACAACAUCCACAUAAAAUAAGUGUUUUAGAGAGCAGGCAGAUUAAUGAUAAGUUGAUACAAUUUGAGAGAGCGUUCAUUGAUUGUGAGGGUCUUCCAGGCCGUCCAAUGUACAAGCACGUGAUGUUUGCACCCAGUAUGUACGAUUCCUAUUCAGACAAUAGUUUCCCAGGUAUUGUGGACACUAUGAAUGAAAUUGAAAACCGUAAUGCAACUGAAAAGUGGGGAAUAUUGAAACAACAAGUAUCUGUAGCCACCUUCACUAUACAAUCAGCAGCUAAUACAUUAACAGAAGUUGGACUUUGACAUUUAGUUUAAAUAAUUUAGAAUUAUUUUUUCA